CCUCCUUCCUUCCGCUCUCACGCCAACAAUCAGCAACUUGCUUGCAAUGUCGACGAGCCUUCUUCUCAGUGCCGUGGUGGUGCUUCCUAUUCUCAUCGGCACCCUUGCUUCACGUUCUAGAGGCCCCGCCAGGACAACCCGCAUCCCCAUCUCACAGGAACGUGUUGUGAUCAUUGGCGCUAGCUCUGGAAUCGGUUCAGAACUCGCCCGUAUCUACGCCCGACGCCAGGCACAUGUCGUGGUGGUCGCUCGCAGGCUGGAACUUCUUCAGCAGCUCGUGCAGGAACUUAGUCCGACCGCAGGAUCGAUUCAUGCUGUCCAGGGGGAUGUUACCUCGCCCGAGGAUGUUCGCAGAGUGACCAUUGAGUCUCUGAGGGCGCUUCAGGGCGGCAUUGAUACGUUGAUCAUCUGCGCUGGUGUCAUCUCAGUCCUUCCUUUUGAAGAGCUCGCAGGAAUAGACCCCGCAAAGGCGGCUGACACCGCAGAAACCUCAGAGUUGGAUUUCAACCACUUAUUACCCAUGAGUUCUCGAGCUGCAUUGGAUGCCUCCAUCAAGAUCAUGAAUGUCAACUAUCACGCGCCAUUGAACCUCGCCGGUCAUUUUCUACCUGCCCUGGCAAGGACCAGCGCUGCCGGUAAUCUCAUCGUUGUGUCCUCAAUGGCAGGCAAGGUCGGCGCACCGACUCGAUCUAUCUACUGUGCCAGUAAGCACGCCGCACAAGGGUUCUUUGAGUCGUUGGGUAUGGAAGUGGAGAGGACCGGAGUCCACGUCGGGAUUGUAUCUCCAGGAACAGUGAUCACAGACAUUCGCCAGUCGGCAGUGGACCUGCCAAAGACUGAGUCAUCGUCAUCAUCAUCAACUGAACCCAGGAAGAUUGCAGGGACCAAAAAGGGCGCCAUGACAGCAAAGGCUUGUGCAGAGGGUAUCAUCAAGGGUUCUGAUCUACGCCAGCACGACGUGAUCAUGCCUUGGUUCUACCGCGCGAGUCUUGCGCUCAAGUUGGUCGCCCCGGGCCUUGUCCGAUGGUUGGCCAAGAAGAAGUAUGGAUACCUGUAACACAACAGAACAGCGC